UAUAUUUUGUGUCCACAGAGGGGAGGGGCAACCAUUUCCUGUGGGAUUUUAAGGGGUCUGGUCUCAUGUGGAAGUAUUACAUAAUACAGAUCUCCCUCGUGCAGAGAAUAAGUCAUGCUUGCAUGAUGGUCUUAAAGAGACCAGAAAUAUGACUGUAGAACAUGUGCAGAAGCUAACAGAGCACGCUGUGAGGACUGAGCACUACACCUAUUUCAAUUUCAGAUAUGUUGACAUUUCACCGGUUUAAAAAAAAUAAAUGCUCUUUGUAUAUACAUAUUUUAAAAAGAACUCUCCCUCUCACCCUCUGGGGGGUGGUAUGUGUGUGCUCCUCACGUUCAGGUCCUCUACCAGAGGCCUGGAAGUUAGAGUGCUCUGUGCAGUGUCUUAGCUGGUCCUUGGACUGCACUCUCCUGGAUGGAGACCUUUGAUGUUGUGCCUGGAAUCUGCUCAAGCUAAUUUUCCAGCUCCUUUAUGCUUCUAUUACCACUAGGACCACUUUGGAUUUUACCUUCCACAUCUGCUCCAGAUGUUUCUUCAGCACCUGGUUCUCCAUUUUCUUGUGCUCCUUUUUCCCGAUGUUGCUGUCCGGUAGGAUUACAACAUCUAUGACAACUGCGGUCUUCUGUUCCUUGUCAACAAUCACUACAAUACUGCUUGGUUUGCCAGCAGCUUCUAUGUGGAAGUGGAAGUCCCACAUGACCUUACUCCUGUUGUUCUCAACCACCUUUUGUGAUUGAGGACUUGGGGACUUCUAGUCCAUAUGCAGCACAGAUGUUCCUGUACGCUAUCACAGCCACUUGGUUGUGCCUCUACAUCUAUGCAGUUCCAGCUUGCUUCUUACAUCCUAUUACUAUAUGUUGGAUAGUCUCUGGGGCACCUUUGCACACUGUUCAACUUUGUUCCCUUUGUAGACUCAACCCUCUAUCUGAUGCCUAGAGCCUAUUCUUGUGCUGCUGUGUUAGAGACUCUGCGCUGUGCUUUAAGUCUGUGUUGUGCCAGAAAAAUGAUUUCAGGAAUUUGCCCCAAAAUGAUUGUCUAUAUUUAAACUGUUUUAAAUGACUUGUCAACCCACAGUCUGUCAAACACAUGACAAGCAUGUCUCUUAAGAAUGAUAUCAAGCCAUUUUGAGCCAGAAAUAAAACAGUCCUGUCACAAGGUAAGAAGCUGCAGUCGGUUUUUGGCAAAGUGACUUUUAUGUAUCCUAUAUUUAUCUAGGUAAAGAGCGUCAUUGACAUCAAAAAUGUCUUUUUCACGAGCGAUCUGGCCAAAAGUGCCAUUUAAAAAAACAAAAAGUGUCAUAAAGAUGCUUCCUGGUGUCAAAGUCGUUUCCUCUAUCUGCCGACAGUAUCUCUAUGUGUGUGUUUACUAAAUGCCUUGCUCCAGCAGUGCCUGCUGUGUCAUAUUCCCAGGCUGGUUCAGCAGUAAACACCAAUACACGCUCCUGCUGUAAUGCGCGCUCCCGAGAGCCACGAGGCCGCGCGUUUAACUUGCCGUAGCCAUGGCUGCGGUAAGCACUCACCCUCCUUCACUGACCUGACGGGGUCAGACAGCAGCAGGCAGGUAAUUGGCACCAGGAUGAUACCGGCGGACACGUAACUACUGGAUGUUCUUUUGUCCGAGUUGUCUACAUCCUGUUCUCGGCAUGCUCGACAAACAGAUCUGGAACUCACCUGCUGGAUUAAAGCGUCAGGAUGAACGAAGUCUUCCACUUCCAAAGUUGCUCCAGAGAUUACGGAGGCAUCAUGUCGGUUUUGGGCUCGGACUCCUGGUGGAAGAAGACCCUGUACAUCACCGGGGGGGCCCUGCUGGCUGCUGCAGCCUACCUACUGCAUGAGCUGCUCGCCAUCAGGAAGGAGCAGGAGUUGGACUCCAAAGACGCCAUCAUCCUCCAUCAGUUUUCCAGGCCAAAGAAUGGUGUGCCCAGCCUCUCGCCCUUCUGCCUCAAAAUAGAGACGUAUCUGCGGAUGGCGGAUCUGCCCUACCAGAACUACUUUGAUGGCAGGCUAUCUCCGCAAGGUAAGAUGCCCUGGAUCGAGUACAACCACGAACAGGUGUCGGGGUCAGAGUUUAUAGUGGACUUCCUGGAGGAGAAGCUGGGUGUGAACCUCAACAAGAACCUCACCCCACAGGAGAUAGCUGUGUCCCGCGCUGUCACCAAAAUGGUUGAGGAACACCUCUACUGGACAAUAGCCUACUGCCAGUGGGUGGAUAACCUGGAGGAAACACAGAAGCUGCUGGCGAUGAGUGGGCCUCUGAGUGACACGCUGAAAUGGAUGCUUAGCCACCUGAAUGGUGGCAUGGUGCGGCGGGAGAUGUACGGCCACGGCAUCGGACGCUUCUCCAAGGAGGAGGUCUACACACUGAUGGAGAAGGACAUGAGGACACUGGCCACUCUACUGGGAGAUAAGAAAUACUUCAUGGGGUCUAAGAUGUCAACAUUAGAUGCUACAGUGUUUGGGCAUCUAGCUCAAGCCAUGUGGACUUUACCUGGAACACGACCAGAGCAACUUAUCAAAGGAGAGCUGAUCAACUUGGCCAUGUUCUGCGAGCGGAUGCGGAGGAGGUUCUGGCCCGAGUGGUUUGUUGAGGUGGAGGAUUUUUACUACGACGGAGACAGCGAGAGCAGCAGCGGGGGCACCCCCACGGGCCUGCUGGACUUCGGCCUCUUCUCCAGGACUGACACGCUGGACGACAGCGAUGGCAGCAGCCACUCAGCCGGACGCACGCACACACAUUCCCCCGACUCUGACCGCUCGCUAUUUGAUUCGGACGUGGGCACAGGGUCUGACAAUGAUGCUCAGUUUAAAGAGGAGUCAAUGCCAGACCUGGAAGUUUGACCUAGGCAGACUGAGACUGACCGAAGGCUAGAACAGUCGGUGCUACAGGCUGCUGUGUGGUUUUGCUUAAAUAAAUCUGGCUGGAACGAUGUGUCCAAGCAGCAGCUCACACACAGCUGAAAGAACUAUUCCAGCUCCUCCACCUGUAAUGCCCAGCAUGUUACAACUUCCCAAUGGGCAGACUGGGCGUUUGUAUGCGGACGAUGCAAAAUAAACCUUACAAAACAUG